CACCGGAAGUUCCUCUAUACACUGCCGCCAUUUUUCGAGUGUCAACAAGUUUUCUACGUGAUUCCAAAAAGAAUGUGACGGGGUGACAGGAAAAUAGCAGAUUAUCACGAUGCCACGCGAAAUCAUAACCUUGCAACUGGGACAAUGUGGCAACCAAAUUGGCAUGGAGUUCUGGAAGCAGCUUUGUUCAGAGCAUGGCAUAAGCCCAGAUGGUAUACUGGAAGAAUAUGCAACAGAAGGAACUGACAGAAAAGAUGUUUUCUUUUACCAGGCUGAUGAUGAACACUACAUUCCCAGAGCAGUCCUACUUGACCUUGAACCCAGGGUCAUCAACACAAUCAUGAACUCGCCAUAUGCCAACUUGUACAACCCGGAGAAUGUGUACUUGUCUAAAAACGGAGGUGGAGCUGGCAAUAACUGGGCCAGUGGCUACGCGCAGGCAGAGAAGUUGUAUGAAGAAAUAUUUGACAUCAUUGACAGGGAAGCUGACGGCAGUGACAGUUUAGAGGGUUUUGUGGUAUGUCAUUCAAUAGCUGGUGGUACAGGAUCAGGGAUGGGAUCUUACCUACUGGAGAAACUUAAUGACAGAUUUCCUAAGAAGCUGAUACAGACGUAUUCUGUGUUCCCUAACAUGGAUGAGAUAUCUGACGUGGUGGUACAACCAUACAAUUCUAUCUUGACUUUAAAGCGUCUCACACAAAAUGCUGACUGUGUGGUGGUUUUAGACAACACAGCAUUACAUAGGAUAGCGGCUGACAGACUGCACAUAGACACGCCAUCCUUUGCCCAAAUUAACCAGCUGGUGUCUACGGUAAUGUCCACCAGUACGACAACACUCCGUUACCCAGGUUACAUGAACAAUGAUCUGAUUGGCCUGAUAGCCUCCCUCAUACCCACCCCACGUCUUCACUACUUGAUGACGGGAUAUACACCCCUCACAACAAACUCUCAGGUUGCAAGCGUGAGGAAGACGACGGUAUUAGAUGUAAUGAGACGAUUGUUACAGCCCAAAAACAUGAUGGUAUCAACGCAUGCCAACCGUCAGGCAAACCAUUGUUAUAUCUCUAUCCUCAACAUCAUACAGGGCGAGGUGGACCCCACACAGGUGCACAAGAGUUUACAGCGGAUCAGAGAGAGGAAACUUGCUCAGUUCAUCCCCUGGGGACCGGCCAGCAUCCAGGUGGCACUCUCACGUAAAUCUCCCUACACACAGACAGCUCACAGAGUCAGUGGACUUAUGCUGGCAAAUCACACUAGUAUUUCUUCCUUAUUUGAGAGAACCCUUCGACAAUAUGACAAACUGAAGAAACGUGAAGCUUUCAUGGACCAGUUUAAGAAGGAAUCAAUUUUCAAAGACAACUUAGACGAGUUUGAUAAUUCAAGGGAGGUAAUUCAACAACUUGUGGAUGAAUAUCAGGCUGCCACGAAACCUGACUAUCUGUCAUGGGGUACACAACAGUAAUUGCCAGUACACAUGGGGUAUUUAGCAUUCAACAGAGCUCCAGCAGCUGAAAGAAUAUGAGAAUGAGAGAAAAGGUUCCGAUCAAAGUGUCAGCUUGCAUUGAUAUCUGUCAUUAUGAAGUGGAAAACACUAUGGUUAACCAUAUGGAAGAGAACAUGAUCAAGUUUACAGAAUCUCCAUUUGUUUCCCUCCAUGUGCAUACAGAUUGAUCCUAUACUCGAGGACGAAGACAGUUUCAUUGACUAAUGACUGUUAGUCUCUGUAUGAAUAUUAAUGGUGCCUUAUUAUUGUUCAACUGUCCAUACUCUAUGUAAAUUAUACAAGAUGUUUCUACAAAGUUACUGUUAUGUAACAACACUGUGGAAAUGUUGGUGUUGUGGAAAUGCUCAAUUUUUCACAUGGAGUAAAUAAACGGGAAAUUAUCCAUAUGGUGAAAUAUCAUUUCAUAAUAUAUAGACUUCAGAUUUAUUGCCAAAUUAGAAUGUGAAAGUCUCCACACCAGGGUCAGUUUCAAGAGUGAAAACAUUUCUGUACAGGAGAUUUUCCACUUUUACAGUGUAUUACAUGAAAAAUGGUUGAAAACUACGUCACAUUACUUUGUAAUUUUAUGCUUCAAAUGAAGUUGAUGUUUUGACUCAUGGAAAUUUCUUCUUGGUCAAAAAUAAUUGAGAAUCAUUUAUAGAAUACUGUAUAGUUUAAGCGUUCGACGGGCUAACAUUUUGUUGUUGGUCCCAAUCAGAGUAGAUUUAAAUUUGUAUUGGAGCGAUGGAAUUUAUUUUGCAAACGUUUUAUCAGAAUAUUGUAAAAUAUGACAUUUUUUGGUGUUUUAUCGUCUGUAUCUGCUUGAAAAAAAAGGCUAAACAUGUCUUUAUUUAUCUCUAUAUAUAUUCAUGAUAGCGCUAUUUGUUGCGUAUCAAAACUUGCGCUAUCUUAGUUGACUGCGAAUAUAUUUAAAUCAAAUCCUCCACAAAAAUUGCCAAUUAUAAGUAUUGCUUUCCUGAUGUAUCAUGACUGUUCUGGGGGAAAUACAAAUCUGUAAGAUGAUUGCCCACAAGCACUUGUUUAGAGACUGUCAGUGACUUGGAAACACUUCAGUGUACAGUUCAAUGAACUAAAGAUUAUUUGAUUUACCUUUUGUAUGACAUGAACAUUUGUUGUGUAUUUGAUGUAUAGAUAUUACAAUGUUUGACAUGAAAGCAUUUCUUUGUACUUGACAUUUGUACAAAACCUUCAAUUUUUGUUUGUAUUUGGUUACGAUAUAUGAAAUAAACAAUGUAUGUGAUAUACACUAUUAGCUUAAAUUGAACACUUACACCCAUCUUGAAGAGGAUUCCUGCUGUGUAGGCACACAUUAACUCAUUCACCCCUGGAAUUUUAUAAUGAACUAUUCCUACCUUUGAAUUGAAAGGGUUCACAUGUGUCUUCAGGGGUGAAUGAGUUAAAUACCUAUAUUGAAGUGACUUGUUACAUUAAUUGUGUGCUGUUGUCACAGUUGUAUGAUCGUCUAUUUACAAGGGCUGUUCCAGAAUUAACCGUAGGGAGGGGUCGGAGGCACUUCUUCAGAGACCCUACCACCACCCAUCAGAUAUUUUCAGGUAAUAUAAUAUCAGGAAUGAUUUGCAGAUCUGGUUUAAACACACCACCCAUAAUAAUUAAGGUGCCUCCCAUCUCCUUCAUAGGCAUAGGAUUUAUUACGAAAUGGCCAUACCAAACAUUUAAAUGUUGUAAUACUAUUAAUCCAAAGCAAGGCCCUGUUUUACAACUACAUGUGUGUACAUGUAGAUGGUCAAAAUACUUCUGGAUUACAACCCACUGCUGAAAUUCAGUUCUAUACAACCAUUGGUGAGGAUUUCAUUAUACAAAAAAAAAAUCAAAACCUACUUGAUUGUCCACUGUUGAAAUGUUGAGGAAUAUUUUGUGAAGAAGAGAACAUGAAAAUCAGAUGACAUAAAAUCAUAAUAAGAUAAUGUACAGAUGUAAAUAUUUAUUUGCAUUCGAUUGAUUAAAAGUUUUCUGUGACUAUUGUAACGCACAUAUAUAGAAUAUCGUAUUACAAGGUAGUAUUUCAAUGAUGUACAAAGUUAAUUUUAACAAAUCUUUGAAAACACCUUUAAGGGGUAAGUAAAUGUCAUGCUAAAUUUUGGGGUAAUGCAUAAUAGAUAGACAUUGACAAUGACAGUAAUGAAGAAAAUGCUUAUUUGAUAAUAAUACUUGAGCAUACAUGCAUCAGCAGAGGUCAAAUUUCUGAGCGUGUUCGGUUUUGGGGCUCAUGUUGUUUGCAUACUCAUUACUGCAAGUUUGUUUGCAUCAUCAGUUUGUUGAAGUGGAUGUGUAAGUAGCACUGGCUGCAUUUCAAUCUACUAUUUAAGUAAAUGCAAUACAAAUAACUAAGUUCUCACUGUUUUACCUUCAUACCUGUAGAAAAUAAUUAAUAAUAAACAACAUAUUGGUUUA